ACCCGCGCAUUUCAAACCAAUUCAAUGGAAUCGCAAACAGAGCCGGGUGUUGUUGUUGUCUAAAAUUUCGUUUAUUUUAGUUAAAUUUACGUUUUGUUUGAAAGUUAAAUGAGUGCCUACUUUGCCGACAUCGAUGCCGUCUGUUCGACGCUCGGUUGGAUGGAUGGCGACGUUUACCGGAUGGAUCCGGAGGCGGUGCAAGGGUUGAAGCAUCUGAUCUGGAUUCUCAAGCAGGACAAACCAUCGCACGAAUGCCGACGGUACAUCGGCGGCAAGCGUAUCGUGCAGACGGAUCUCAUUCCGAUGGUUAUUAGCAACUUCGACAAGCCGGAUGUGGUCGAUGUGCUGCUACGGCUGUUGGUCAACCUGUCCUUUCCGACGCUGCUGCUGUACAACGGCAACUAUCCGCGCGAUGCAGUGGAGCAGCGAAAGUUUAUCCGGCUGAUAGAGAUAUGCGAGGAGUACAAGGAAGCGUUUUCGCUGAAAAGUUUCUGGUCGGUGUUGGGCGAUCGGUUGGAAAAGAUUCUACAUACGGAUUGGGCAUUACGCAGCGAAGCGGAUGGACUGAUUAUCGAACGUAUCCUGGCGCUGACACGAAACGUCCUUCAAGUGCCGGCGAACGUUGAGAGGGAGAAGCGUUUCGACAACGAUGCCAGCCAGCACGAUUGUCUGCUGUGGGCACUCCAUCAGGCCGGCAUACUGGACAUCCUACUGUACAUUCUUGGCUCACCGCAUGAAAACCGCUUCCUCAUACACACGCUCGAAAUCCUUAGCCUUGCGUACCGCGAACAAUCGGCCAUCCAUCUGGCGGAUGCGACCCUGCAGCGCACCAACAUCGAGAAGAAGACGGAUGAGCUGAUGCUGAUCAAAGCGAGACAGCCGCCGGCGGCAGUGGCGGCUGCCCGCAAGAAACCCACCUCGAUGCGUCACUCGUGGUUCCGUGGGACGUACACGUACAACAAUCUGAAAUCCGUUUCGGACAGUGACGCUGUUUGUCAUCAGGCGUUGGGGAAAAUUAUGCGCAUGGAGUUUAGUGCGGAAAAGCACCGUCAGAAAGUGUCGUUCCGGCAAGCGAAGGAAACGGAAACGCUCGAAAGGAAAAGCAUCUUCUCUGUGCGUUUGUUUCUGCGCGAGUACUGCAUGGAGAUACUGCGCGUUUACAACAACAUGGUGCGCCAGGCUCGACGCCAUCUGGACCAGCAUGGUACGUCGGUGUCUGAAUACCAUGACGAUUCGUAUCUGUUGUGGACUAUACGGUUCUUUCUCGAAUUCAAUCGACACUGCGGCUUUAAAAUUGAGCUGGUGAGCGAAUCGCUAAGCACGGACACUUUCCACUGGACCAUAACGCGCAUGGAAACGUACACCGAAAACAUCGUAUCGGAUAAAACGCGCAAAUCGAUCUGGGCACGACGCCUGCAUCUCACUGUGCAGACGUACCGCGAGCUGCUAAACAACAUGUACGCGCUUGCCAAGACAAACGAUCCAAAUGCGUCCGAGCUGCUUUCCGUGCUGCAAAAUAACAUCUUUUACGUCGUGGAGUAUCGCGAAACGACUAUACAUUUGCUGACAAACUUUAAGGAAUCCGUACACACGAGAGCCUUCCUGAGGGAUGUAGUCGAAGUUGCCCAUCUAUUCUUUAGCAUGCUGCAGCGCUUCUGCAAAGGCACGGUGCGCGUACAACAGCGCGUCAAGGCAAAGCGCAAGAAAACGACCAAAAAACAAACCCGAAAGGAGAAAUCGGCAGAAAAACAGGUGCGUGUUAUUAUAGUUAACCUUGAAAGGGGCGCAUCUGCUAAUCCGUUUCAAAUGCAGGAAGAUGCUGAAAUCAGAUGGUUGCAAGAGGCACCAACUGUAGCUGCGUUGCUGGAAAACAGCGAAUUAAAGCAGGAAGAACUUCCCACCCCAUUCGACGCAGCAUCGUCCGUGCCGGUUGACGAACAGAAAGGAGAGUGUGUGAAGCGCAUUCACGCAUUGCUGCGCGACAAGCAGUACGAGCAGGCAAUCAAAAUGCUAUACGCCGCGAGAUCGGUUUGGACGAUGGAUGAUUGCUUUGGCAGCGAGACGGCCAGUCCGGAUGAGGAUUUGCUAACACUCCGGGACAUAUUUACUGCAAAUCUAUCUUCCGGCACUGACCGGGAAGAUAAUGACGAAGGGGACAUAGAAAACGAAUCAGAUGACGAAGAAGAAGAGGCUGAAAGACAAGUGCAUAGUGCGGAAAAAGAUUUCAAAUUCGAAGACUUCUCCAAGAGGCUCGUCGAUCACCGGGUGGUUUACGCGUGUACCACCGUACUGGCCGAUUGGGAAAAGAUAAAAACCUCCUGCCUGAAGGCUGCCGUUACACUGUUGUAUCGGAUUUGUGUUGAACAUAAAAUGCCGUCUAUGCUGUUUCAGAUUUCCCUUCUGCGCGUGUUCCAAGGUGUGUUGAACGCACCGGAGGACGAUCAUGCACGUGAGUUGCGUCGUCUGGCGAUCCAUACGGUGCGUCAACUGCAGCAAAAAGUGUUGUCAGGGGCACCCGACGAUGGUGGACUGUUGUUCGCUGAACUGCUCUUUGCUAAAUCGACGCGUAUCGCUGGCGCCAUCGAAAUGGGUUACGAUGAAGUGUUUGGGGAGGCAGAUAGACGAACUGCUGCUUCCAAGAAGGCAUGGACCGAAGAGCAGGAAGCUGAGCUGCAUCGCUUGUUUAUGGAAAAUCAAGAAAAUCCCAGCUCAGAUCAAGAUGUGAUCGAUUGGUUGCUGGAAAACCUCAUCGAUCAAACGCGCACCCGGCGUGGUGUGAUGAAGAAGCUCAAGGAAAUGGGACUUGUCUUUAAGGCUCCAACCAAGCGGAGCAAUGCAAAUCAAAAGCAAAAGGGCGCAUGGACGGCCGAAGAAGACGCUAAGCUUGGCGUAUUGUAUGAAGAGCUGCGUUUGGAUAAAAAUCCGCUCAAGAGCAUUGCGGAAGGGUUUGAGAAGAAGUUCACUAAACCCGCCAUCGCACGCCGAAUGGUCAGUCUAGGGUUGAUUGCGGACGUGUCGGAAAUUAUGGCAACAAAGCGACGAAACAACGAGAGACGGGGUGAUAGUUCUGAUGAUGCCAUCAGUAGUAAUUCUUCCCCGGAAAACGAAGAUAGUGAGGAGGAGGAGGAGGCUUCUGAUAGGGCCGGAAGAGGGAAUGUAAGCGGCAUACAGCGUUUGAGUGAACAGGACGUUAAGAAACAUCUUAAAACGCUCGGUAGUGAGAUGAAAGAAGCGGUACGGUGGCUCAUUACAUGCUUUAAAGAUGCGCUCGAUCUAUAUGAUGAUUCGGAUCCUUCGGAAGAUAACGACGGUGGUAUUCCGAUUGUUCCGAUUGCUCCACAUCAGACAGCAGCGCUGGAAAAGAGCGAAUUCAAGCGUCUGCUACGAUCGCUGGGAGUAAUGAGUAAUGGCAAACAGCACGUCUACCAUCGCAUACCGUUCAAACUGACUCCGGCGGCGCUGGAAAAGCGAAUUCAACUGCUAACCGAAUAUUGCGCGAAAGAAGACGGAGCUGAUUCAGAUGCUCUGGAAAAGGAAGAAAUCUCCUCAAGCGUUCAGAAGCACUCAGCAGAUGAGCUAGACACCACAGUUCAAAAGAAAACCUCUAAGGCCAUCUUUUCCGACUCUUCCGAUUCUGACCAGUCGGACAGAAAACAAGAAAAGGCGAGUCGUAAAAAACCAGCACAAAGAAAGCCGAAGCAACGCCAACCAGAAAAUGAACGCAGAUCAAUGUCGCCACUGGUCGUGUCAGAGGAAGACGAUCCUGCCGCAGAACCUUCUGCUUCGGAACGAACAGAAAGCAAUCGAGCAUUGGUCGCACCAUCCGACGGUGAAUCCAACGAGGCACCUUUACCUAAAGCUUCCCGGGCAAUUUCCUCCAAACGCAACCGCUCGAUCGACUCGUCCGGCUCGGAAGCAGAUUUGCCGAUGGUACACAGACGCAAAAGGGUCAACCACAGUGAACGACGAUCGCUUUCACCGCUCGUGGUGUCAGGUGAGGAAGACGAGACAACGGCGACACCUAAGCAAUCUGUCUCACGGCUUGUGGUAUCGGACGAUGAAAGCGAUACGGAGGUUCCAAAGGAAGCAAUGAACGAUGAUCCGGUACCAGCCAAGCGGAACCGGUCCGAUUCCGUGUCGGAAGAAAGACCUACGGCUCAGAAGGCGCGCCGGAGGGCCGUUAUCAGCAGUGACGAGGAGGAUUAGGUUAAGAUUAUCAUACAGUGGAAGCGUCUAUGAUCCUUCCUGGGGAUUAAAUGAAACCAAUUUCAGAGUGUCUUUUUAGUAUGUGAAUAAAUUAUAUUAAGUCAUUAGGACAAGAAAUUGGAUCAGUUGAUUGUUUGGAGAAUGUUUGGAGGGAAAGUAGUCAAAGAAAAGACAAUUUACCAUUUA